AUGUUUGGGCUGCAAUUGAAAAAGGUUAUAAAAACCUACAGUCACAAAGGAUGUGUUAUUAUUGAAAAGGAAGAGUCUGAGUGGACUCAAGCUGAGAAUAAUGCUCAAGAAGGAAACACCAAAGCUUUAUUUUCUUUAUUCAAAUCUGUUGUCCAAUCUAUGUUAGCUCGUAUUGCUCAUUGUAAAAUUGCAAAGGAGGCAUGGGAUAUACUUCAACUUACCCAUGAGGGUACAGAUGAAGUCAAAUCUUCAAAGAUUGAGAUGCUUGUGUUCCAAUUUGAAAAUCUUAAAAUGGAAGAAGAUGAAACCUUUUCUGAGUUUUACAUGAAACUCAACCAUAUUGUGUCUGGCCUUGGAAACCUAGGAAAGAAAGUGACAGAUAAGAAGAUUAACAAGAAAAUUCUUAGGUCUUUGCCUGAAAGGUUCAAAAUCAAAGUUGAAACACUGCAAGCAACUCAAAACAUCACUACCAUGCAAGUUGAUGAGGUUGUAGGUCAUAUUAAGAACUAUGAGAUGAAGUACUAUGGAAAUUCCCUAAAACCUAAAGACUUAGCCCUAAAAGCUUCAAAGUCUGAUUCUUCCAAGUCUGAGGUUAGGUAUGAUAGUGAGUCUGAUGAAGAAAUUACUCUCAUAACUAGGAAGUUCAGAAAUUUGAUCAAGUCUGAAAAGAUGAAUACAUUUAAGAAAGGGGGAGAGUCAAGAUUGUCUUUGUCUGACACAGAUGACUCGGAUUUUGAGGACAUAGCAAAAUCUAAUGAUGAAGAUUGUUACAAAGAAGCAACAAAGGAGAAUUAUGAUAAAGCCUUCGAUGAAUUGUUUGUUACAUAUGUUCAAACGAACAAUGACUUCAAUAAACAAGCUAGAGAAUUGAAAGAAGUUGAGAAGCAAAGAGAUGCUCUGAAGAAGGAAAGUGAACAGAAAAAUAAGGAGAUUGAAGAUCUUCAUGGAAAGAUAAGAUUCCUAGAAGGUAAGGUUCAAGUCUUCAACAUUGGCCUCGAAAUACAUUCUGCCAUCCUUGAACCUAUUCCAAAUUCUUUGAACAGUGUUCUUAAGGAAGGUGGAUCUAUUCAACGUACUCCUUUGUUUGAUGGGGAUAACUAUGCUUUUUGGAAACCUAACAUGACAGUUUUUCUUAGGACUCAAGUCAAAAAGGAUGGUGUUAUCAUUGAAAAGGAAGAGUCUGAGUGGACUCAAGCUGAGAAUAAUGCUCAAGAAGGAAACACCAAAGCUUUGUUUUCUUUUUUCAAAUCUGUUGUCCAAUCUAAGUUAGCUCGUAUUGCUCAUUGUAAAAUUGCAAAGGAGGCAUGUGAUAUACUUCAACUUACCCAUGGGGGUACAGAUGAAGUCAAAUCUUCAAAGAUUGAGAUGCUUGUGUUUCAAUUUGAAAAUCUUAAGAUGGAAGAAGAUGAAACCUUUUCUGAGUUUUACAUGAAACUCAACCAUAUUGUGUCUGGCCUUAGAAACCUAGGAAAGAAAGUGACAGAUAAGAAGAUUAACAAGAAAAUUCUUAGGUCUUUGCCUGAAAGGUUCAAAAUCAAAGUUGAAACACUGCAAGCAACUCAAAACAUCACAACCAUGCAAGUUGAUGAGGUUGUAGGUCAUAUUAAGAACUAUGAGAUGAAGUACUAUGGAAAUUCCCUAAAACCUAAAGACUUAGCCCUAAAAGCUUCAAAGUCUGAUUCUUCCAAGUCUAAGGUUAGGUAUGAUAGUGAAUCAUCUGAAGACGAAAUUGCUCUCAUAACUAGGAAGUUAAGAAAUUUGAUCAAGUCUGAAAAGAUGAAUACAUUUAAGAAAGGGGGAGAGUCAAGGUUUAGGAAUAGAGAGUUUUCAUCUAGGCGAAGUGAAAGACAAGAUAAAAGGAGAGAAGAUGAGUCUAAAGGAACUGAGAUUAAAUGUUGGACAUGUGGUGGUAUAGGUAAUACAUCAACAGUUUGUCCAAGUCCUAAAAAUAACUUUGUUGCUAGGAAAGAGUCCAAAGAUAAAAAGAAGGAUAAAGCAAUGAAUGUUUCAAUUUCUAAAGAUAAAAAUGCUUCUUUUUCUGAUGAUUCUUCUAAUGAUGAUGAUAAUCCUCUUGCUUUUGUUACUUUUGUGAAUAAUGAUGCUUCUAAAAGAUUUUCUUUGUCUGACACAGAUGACUCGGAUUUUGAGGACAUAGCAAAAUCUAAUGAUGAAGAUUGCUACAAGGAAGCAACAAAGUAG